CCGUUAACCUUGGCAUGCAAUUGGCACAAAUGUUUCUAUGCGUCUGAUGCAAUAUCAGACGUUCCAAAUGAUACAUGGAUAGAAUGAUAGAGUCUCUGGUGUGAUAGCGGGAAUUAAAAAUGGAGUAGCCAUUUUGCAUCUCUCUCUCUUUCUCUCUCUAAAGUGCAGACAUACCGCUCUCUCUCUCUCUACCAACUUACGACUUUCUCCCUCUAACACUAUUCUCUUAUUUGGACGGGCCUCCAUCCAGCCCCCCCUCUCUCUCUCUCUCAAACCACACUCAAUUCGUAGUACAGGCAAGAUGAGAAGUAUCAGUCUUGGCAACAGUUAAUGGUAUAACCUAAAAACAUGGGACUAGAAAUCAUAUCAAGCACGUUUCCAGCACCAGGAUAUUCAAAUAAUCAUGGAGGAAAUAAUGACUGGAGAAGUGACCAUGAAGUCAUCACUAAAACCCAUACGAGAUUUGGUACCCAAGAUAAACACUGCUUUCAUCAGCAAUGUUUAUUGAGAUCAUCAUCUAAAUCAUUGCAUCGGUCUAGGUGGUAUAAUUUGAGGGUUAAAGCUGCCUGGCUUUUUAAAGGAGGUGAGAAAGAGCCAACUGCAAGUUCAGAGCGAAGUGAGAGUGCUAAUGAGGACAUAUUGAUAUUCUUUUUCCAGUUAGAUUUGGCAACUCGAGUACAGUAUGCAUUGAAUAUGGAGCAGUAUGAUAUUGCUCAGCAGUUUAGAAACAAGCUGGCAGAGGUUGAAGCUGAGAUAGCUAAGCAACAAGAAGUUAAGAGGGGACCCACUUCUUCAAAGAGUGAAGCUCAAGAUAAAGCUAUAAGUAUUUUAUGCCUUCGCACAGACCUCCAAAAAGCUAUUGAGGAUGAGAAUUAUGCUUUAGCUGCAGAGUUGCGUGAUGAAAUUUCAAAGCUUGAGGCUGAGUCUCUAGCUGCGUCAGCAAAAGCUCUGGUAUAUACAAAUGCACAGUAUGCUUUUUGGCUGGGACAGAAAGUAAGGCACAAAGUGUUUGGUUAUCGAGCUGUGAUCUGUGGAAUGGAUCCUUUGUGUUGUGAAUCAAGUUCAUGGAUGGAGGUUGCACAUGUUGACAAGUUGUCUCGAGGUUCUAAUCAACCGUUUUAUCAGGUCCUGGUUGAUGUUCAUGCAGAUCCCAACCUCCUGGUUGCAUAUGUCGCUGAGGAGAAUUUGCUUGCUAUGGAUGAACCUGACUUGGACUGGUUUGAUCACCCAUAUGUUUCAUUCCUAUUUUACGGUAUGGACACAGCUGGAGAUUUCGUCCCUAUAAAACAAUUGCGGGAAAAGUAUAACAGGCCUCGACAUGAAGUUCCAGUAGAAAGAAAUGAUGAAGACGAUGGUGAACCAGACUCCUUGCCAUGACUAUAUAUAUAUAUAUAUAUAUAGAAGACGAGAUUCCUAGCCAUAAUGGUCACUCUCAUACCUCUUUUAAGCGAAAGUAUACAAUAAAGUUGUUUAGUACAAGGUAACAUUCACCCCAGCUAUCAGAUGUGCAAUCAAGCGGCUGCAGUUGUGGCGUGGGCUGUGCUCAAAGUACGAGGAAAAAUUUUAUUAAACUUUUUGCAGAGAACUGACAUAUCUCUAGCUACCCUAUUCACAUGCGGCAUUUUGACAUUUUGUACCAAAGCUGAAGGGUUUUAUUGUAUUCUACCCCUUUUUUUCAGUCAGGUUUCUCUUUCAUGCUUCUUAUUGUAUGCUGCUGUAUAGAAUAUAGAUGCAUGCAUGUAAAUCAGCAGCGUCUCUAGUGACAAUAGAAAUUGGAGAAAAAAUUGAACUACUAUUUGUAUAAAAUGCAUGGAAAUUCUAAUGGUUCAAGAAUUUCUUGUGGGCUA